AUGGACUACGACGAUGUCUCGGACCGGCCGGCUGAUACGUCCUCGUCGUUGACCGCGCCGCCUCCGGUCGAUUAUCCCAACGUUCGCCAAUCAGGGCAGAAACCGCGGGCAAUGAGGCGGGAGGCGAGCGGCGAUGUGGAUUGCCACUUCGUCUUGAGCAGAAUCUUUGGUCACCAAGGGUACAAGGGGAAACAGAAAGAGAUCUUCCAGGCCGCGGUACGAGGCGCCGAUGUGUUCGUGCUUGCGCCGACAGGAAUGGGCAAGAGCGUUUGCUUCCAGCAUGGAAUCACGAUUGUUAUCUCGCCUUUAUUAUCGCUCAUGAAGAAUCAGGUCGCAAAUUUACACAAGAAAUAUCGUUACGCUGCGGCGCUCACCUCCGAGACACCACCGGACGAAAGGCUCGCGAUCAUAAAGGAUAUAUCAAGCGGUCACCCCCGGAAUCGCUUAUUGUAUAUUACUCCGGAAAGGCUUUCUUCCGCGGAUUUUAGCAAGUUGCUGCAGAAAGUUUAUCAGAACGGUGAGCUCAACAGGUUCGUCGUAGACGAGGUGAAGCCCAUUGAAUGGGGGCACGAUUUUCGUGCGGAAUACCGCAAGCUGGGAUCACUACGAGAUCGCUUUCCCGAUGUACCUAUUAUGGCGCUCACCGCCAGUGCGACUCCCCACGUCGUCGAGGACAUCAUCUCCAACCUCAAGAUGUCAAGAGAUCAUCUAUACAAAGUCGUCCACCCCUUCAAUAGAGCAAAUCUGUACUACGAGGUCCGGUACCUAUCAAACGCGGACCCAGCGUUACACAUGCAUGACGUAUAUGAAUAUAUAUCCACGUUGCAUCGCCGGCGAAAGCGCGCGUCCUCCGGCAUCGUCUACUGCCGCACUCGUGCCAUAUGCGAUCAACUGUCCCAGUAUCUUCGCGCGAAGGGUUUAAGCGCCCGUCCGUACCACCGCGGCGUCAAGCCUCAGCUCCUGGACAAGACUCUGAGGGAAUGGGAGAUGGGUGGUUCCGGAGAAGGCGGCGUUGACGUGGUCUGUGCGACGAUAGCCUUUGGUAUGGGCAUUGAUAAACCUGACGUCGUGAGUCAAGAGUUGCCACCUUUUAUCCAGCUUCAUCCAACCCCACAUCGUGCAGAGCAGAGACUGAUCACCGCUCAGGCUACUAUCAAGAAACAGGCAUGUAAACUGCAUCCGCGCUUGAAUAUGGGCGCUAAUGCGGUUUGGCAGGACGGGCAGGCCCCAGCUAAAUGCGUCCUCUUCUACUCGCGAGAGGAUGCUCUCCGAAUAAGGAAGCUAACCGGUGAUGCCAACAACCGCCGCAUGGCGGCCAAUGGGCCGCCUCCGAGCCAACGCGCCAUGAAUAGCCUGCGCGCGUUGGAAGCGUUCGCAGAAAGUGUGAACAUUUGCCGUCAUGUUUCUCUUUGCCGCUACUUCGGCGAGGUCAUUGAUGAUAAGGACCCCGAAGUUCUCAGGCGUUAUUGCAAUGCGAUGUGUGAUGUCUGCAAAUACCCGGACAAAGUUCGAGAUCGGAAAUCGAACCUGUCUUCUGAUGAAUGGGUCAGUUCCCAAGCUGCGACAAUACAGCGCACCAACGCGAACUUCGACGACGACGACGACGUUGAUGGCUACCCGAGGCCUCGACCUCGACCGGUUGCACAGACAGUGACCAGCUCGGAGUCAAGAUUACAGCAGUACCCUGCAGCUGGUCUCCAGAACAAUCGCAUAAUGCAACCGCCCUCGGCACCUUGGAGGGGACCCUCCCAUCUGCCAAAAGAGAAUCGGCCAUCGACGUCUGGCACCUCGUCGAAGAGGGGCUUUUCUCCUGGCCCCCCGGUUGCACCCACCAAGCGCCCGAGAAAUGAAUACGACCCGUUAAGCUCAAAGGUCAAGCAGUUUGCGUCGCUCGGAACGGUCAAGAAACCUUUCAAGCCACCCCUCAUGAUCUCGAAGCCGACAGUCCGCAGCGUGGACAUCGAUCUAUCAGAGGAUAUCGCCCUGGAACAUCCAUCGAAGGGGGAAGACCGCAACGUUGCUAAGCGACCGAGGAAGAGAUCUAUUUCGCCAGUUCCAACGCCGCGGGAAAAGGGGGAUCCGGUCUUGUUGGAUGACGCUGCCCCAAUGCGUAGCUCAUCGCCGGUGGAUGGACUAGAGGACGUCAUGAUCAACCUAGACGUUGGAUUCUCACAGAAGAUAUCGCCUUCUGUACGACACGGCGCUUGCGCGCGAAUGUCUAAGGCGCUUCGGAAAAUUCUUCGCAAACAUGGAGACAAGUAUCACGAGGCCUGGUCUUCGCUGGACCACGAUGCGAGGGCCGAGCUGAUCACGUCUACCACCAAGAAGACGGAGUUCUCCAUCUUCUCCAUGUGUACAACGGAGGAGGGCUACCGAUCUCGCACCGAGACCAUGUUAGAUGCGAUCAAGACCCUGUCUUCUCCCGAGGCUUGGACGGACAGCUCCGCAGACGAUGAUUAUGAGGAUGCACGAGAAAUCGUUCAGUUCAUCCGCGACGCUUCCCGUCUGACACGUUGA